UAAGGGAGGGGGACAGGAAGCAAUGAAGCUGGUGGGGAAUGUGCUGCACGUUAACAAGAAAAUGCAGAUGAGUGAUGCCGGGGAACUUUAAAUGUUCCUCCUGCUGCUGGAGGCUAAGACCUGGUGAGCUGGUUUCCAGUGCUAAUGAAACAUAUCCGUUAUAAUGUGCUGGAAGUUCAUCUAAAUGAGAAAAACAAUUUAAAAGUCGAUAGUAAGUUUUUACAUGAAUUUCUAGUUAAAAAUACAGCACAGAUUGAUUAUAAUAGGCAAUAAGCCCAAUCCUUCUUUUUGCAUGUUUGAGAUGGAAACAAACUGCAGGCAGGAGCCGUUCUGCUGCAUGUUUCCAGCUGGUGGGACUAACAGAUGGCAUUAAUGGGAUUACAAUAAUCGGAUUUUUAAAAGUGGCAUAUGUAAUCUUAAACACCCACUGUAAAAACACAGUAAUCUGAUUACAGACUCUUUGAAGAGAAGAAUACAGAAAGCAUUUAGAUAAAAUUAAUGAGGCUUGUUUUUGUUAUAGCAUUACUGGAAAUGUCUUCACUCUGUUCAGCUGUGAAGCAGAAGAAAGCCGUUCUUUCUUUCCAUGUUCAGUCGAGGUGUAGGAUGCAUUAGGAGGUCAUACAGCACGGUGACUCCCCCAAGUGGAAAUCAGCAGCAUUACAGCAUCAGUCCUAGAUAAAAAUAGUUCAGUUUCGCUUUCCAAUCAUCAGAAAUGAUGCCGAAGUUUUCCUCCUCACAUGAAGCCAUCGUCCGCUGUCGUCAAGCUGCGGUUUGGUCUCACGGGCGGAAGGAAACGCAGGCAGAGCUCGGACACGAUGGAGACAGAAAUACUGAAAAGGAUCUGCGCCAAUCAAGGAGCAAUCAAAACUGAGGAUUUAGUAUGUAAUCUAUUUUCCGGCGAUCCCACGAAGUUGUCGGAGAUCAUUUGUAACCGAGAGAAAUUUGCUCGUUGUUGUCCAAACGGACAGGAGAAGGUGGUGGCCAGGACCCACCUGAGACUUUGCAGAGUGAAAGAUUGCCCGGGGACAUGCAGGGGUCUGCACCUGUGUAAAAACUUCCUCUUCGGAUUGUGUGAGUUCAGUCAGCUCAGGAGGGGCUGCAGCUUCUCCCAUGAGCUGACCUCUGAUCAUAACCAAAGACUUCUGAGGGAGCAUGAGCUGGAGAGCCUGAGCCGAGGAGAGCUGUGCACCCUGCUGCUGCAGAGUGACCACACACUCCUUCCUGCUAUAUGUUACGACUACAACAACGGUGAUGGAGAGUUUGGCAGGUGUAAGGAUGGUGAUGGUUGCAAGAGGCUCCACAUCUGCCAGAAGUACAUCAGCCGUGAAUGCAGCUGCUCGAGGAAUCACAAUUUUACUGCUCCACAGCCAAUAAAAAAUUUGCAAGAAAGAGGCAUACCUGGUCCCCUUCUUCCAUCCUUGAAGGCUGUGUAUGCAAAUAAAGAGGCGCUGAGGCUGGCUGAGAAUGGUCAACAACAGCGGAGAGGCAGAGGGAGAGGUGGUAGGGGUGCGACAGGCAGCAGGGGCAAUAGGGGAAACAGAGGAAACCAGAGCAGCCGCCCAGUGCAGGAUCGAGUCUCCUCACUUACUGAGAUGCUUGCUGGCACUGACAUCUUCGAUCUGUACACCAGCAAUGGACUGAAUGAAAGCGACGAUGAAAACUCUUCCACCAGUGACAUCUCCGCCGCCACCAGCGAAAACGAUGUGAGCAGUGAAAGUGGUGAGACUCGAAGACGGAGACGCCGUCACGGAAAAAGUCUAGCAGCUGUCAGAGGGAGAGGCGGCAACAGGGGCACCAAUAAGCAACCACUACCAAAAGCUCGUUCAUCAAGCAACAUUCACGCUGCUGUCAAUGAUGUAGCUGCUAAAGGCGGAGAAUGGCAGAACAAUAGACAGAGGCCUGUCAGAGAUAAAAAAGAGAUCUGCAUGUACUUCAUUAAAGGUCACUGCAAACAUGAUGAUCAAUGUUUUAAAGCUCAUGACAAGAUGCCGUACCGAUGGCAGGUCCAAGAGGGACACCAGUGGACUGAUUUGCCCAAUAAUGAGACAAUUGAGAGAGACUACUGUGACCCCAGUAACUCAUACAGUAGCACCAGCCCAGCCGUGCACUUUGACACGAUGACCUGUGGACCGAACAAAGUACGUCGACUCUCGACAGAAAACUCAGUGAUUCAGCCGACCUUCAUCCACACCACCGAGUGGCUUUGGUACUGGCAGGAUGAGUUUGGGAAGUGGAACAUUUAUUCCUCAGAUACUAGUGGACAUAAAGCAGCAGACAUCAACAGCACAAAGCUGGAGGAGAAGUUUCUGGCCAAUGACAAAGACGUGGUGGAGUUCACUGCUGCCAACCAGUCGUAUUCACUCAGUUUCCAAGACAUGAUACAGACAAAUAAGCACUAUGGCACCAAAAGGCUUGUGUGCAGACGGCCGCUGUUUGUCUCUGCUGCAGAUGUCCUAACAAAGAAAGUCAGACGGCCCGUGGUUAAAGCAUCUGCUCCCAUACCAGACAACUGGGACAAGACACAGAUCCCCGAAACAGGAUAUUCGCGAAUCUCCGUCCAGCGCACUUCAGAAGAAUUUAAGACGGUGGAAACUCAUUUCUGUAAAACCAUGAAAGGCUUUGAUAUUGUCAAAAUUGAGAGGAUUCAGAACAAAGCUCUUUGGGAAGUCUUUCAAUGGCAGAAGAAUCAGAUGAAGACCAAAAACAAAGGAGGAAAUGUGACUGAGAAAAAGCUUUUUCAUGGCACUCACUCCAAAUUUGUUGACACCAUCUGCCACCACAACUUUGACUGGAGAAUCUGUGGACUUAAUGGAACGGCUUUUGGCAAAGGUAGUUACUUUGCCCGUGAUGCCAGAUACUCCCACAACUACACCGGUGACACUGACGUCAGAGACAUGUUCAUCUCACGGGUGCUGGUGGGAGACUUCACCAAAGGGUCCUCUGACUAUCGCCGACCUCCUUCCAAGGAUGGAGGGGACAUAAACUUCUUUGACAGCUGUGUUGACGAUGUAAUGAACCCCUCCAUAUAUGUGGUGUUUGAGAAGCACCAGAUCUACCCCGAGUACCUGAUACAGUACAAGACCACACACCCACUAGUUAGUACAUUGAUGUACAGUGGUGGUGCAUCAGCACCAACACCAAAGCCAGUGGCAGCACCAAAGCCAGUGGCAGCACCAAAGCCAGCAGCUACCAUAUCGGCUUACCAACCUAGCACGAUCUCCUCUGGAUAUAAAAACAGUGCUUCCUCUUCUUUUUACUCACCUAGCACAACCUCUUCCCCCUACCAAUCUAGCUCCACAUCUUCCAGAUACCCAUCCAGCUCUGUGUCUUCUGGGUACCCAUCCAGCUCUGUGUCUUCUGGGUACCCAUCCAGCUCUGUGUCUUCUGGGUACCCAUCCAGCCCCGUGUCUUCUGGGUACCCAUCCAGCUCUGUGUCUUCUGGGUACCCAUCCAGCCCCGUGUCUUCUGGGUACCCAUCCAGCCCCGUGUCUUCUGGGUACCCAUCCAGCUCCGUGUCUUCUGGGUACCCAUCCAGCUCCGUGUCUUCUGGGUACCCAUCCAGCCCCGUGUCUUCUGGGUACCCAUCCAGCUCCGUGUCUUCUGGGUACCGAUACAGCAGCGCCUCUUCGCAAAUCAGUACUUCCCCCUCCUUGUACUCAAACAGCAGAACAGUUAACCAGCCCACACACGUCUCUCCAUCUCCCUCAGCACCCCCAAAGAAAACUUCCAAUUCUUGUGUCAUUGCUUAACAUCAGUGGUGUAAAGGGGGUUCAGUGGUGUUUUGCAACAACAACAAUAAUAAUAAUAAUAAUACUAAUAAUAAUAAUAGCAUAAAAACAGACAGCAAUGACGGAUCUUGAGCACUAAAAGUAUUUAUUGGAGCAACUGAGAGGAAAAAAAUUGAAGCCACAGAUAUUAAUGAAUUCCAGAAGAUUAGAAAAUGUGAUUUAUUAGCUGCUGUUUAUAAUGAACAGAUUACCAGUUUAGGAUCAACUCAAUUCUCAGUCAGCUGCUAUUAAAGCAUUUUAGGUUUCAAAUGACUUUGAAUGAUGAGACUUUGGUUUGCUGAAUAGGUAAGCAAGAGGCAGUGCAGUUUUCUGAAGAAAGCUUCAGAAAUGUUACAUCUUCCCGUUACACAUUAUAAUUACUUUUUGUUGUUGUUUUGAUGCUCGAAUUUUUCCACCUCAAACAAAUGUAAAAUGAUUUUCUACAAAUUGCCAGCAUUUCCGCCCACUUUGUUUUAAUGUGCAAAUUGAAGAUGCACAUAAAAAUGUGGCAUGUUACAAUGCAACACGUUCUCACUCCCAAAGUGUAAUAUUUGACACCAUGUGACAAAUCAUCACAUAUUACGCUUCCACCUAACACGUCCCUAAAUGACGAGAUCGGAAAAAUGAGGAAACAUGAGAACCGUUUGGAAUCAAUCUACACGUUCGUUCAUUUUAGUUGAAUCGCUUUGGAAAACACUAUCCAACGUCAUUAAAGUGCUGGUUAGGGUUGGGGAUAAGGUUAGGCUUAGGCCUGGAAUACAGGGCUGGAACGUGUAUUACAGCAGGACCUUCAUUCUACUGCAUUUCACCCAUAACCCGCCGCGUAGCAUAAGAAGGCGUAAGGUUACCCUUCGCGUUCCUCAGGAAUGCCGCGGGAUGUGACAAACCGUCAGGAUGUUACGCCUCGGGAGUGAGAAUUGGCUGCAUGUUGGCACAAUCACAAUUGUUGAGGUGUUGUUUAUAGAAAUUACACUAACUUUUUUACAGAAUAAUAAAAAAUAAACGGCAGCAGCGUGCUAGCCGUAUCAGAAGAAACACCUGAAUGCUUUCCUCGUGAUUAUCUCAGGAAGUUUUAUACGUUAUCCACAUUUAGUGGUUACCAUACGAACGCAUCGUACUGUAUCAAGUAAUGAUGAAAAACACUGUGUCAGAUUAGGCCAUUAGUGUUACAAAUUCUCGUAACAACUUAGUCAAGACACAUGACGGACUGCGCGUUGGUGCCUGAUGAUAGCUUUGCUGCUUUAGACGACCUUUGUGAUGUCAGCAGGAAGCUGGGCCCAACUUCUGGGAACACGGAUAGAAACAAACAGCGGCGGCGUGUGAUACUCACUGCUCCGUGUUUGGAAAAACCUGAAAAAAAAAAGUUUAAUGAUGUUCACAACUUUACAACUACGAGUGACAAACUCAGGAGUACAUAGCUACCUUGAGUCACUUUAAAUAAUGCUCUAGUGACUGGAUGCCAGUAUAUCUCAGUGCUCACAGAGCAGGUGAUCCAUAUAACAUAAGGCUGUUGCAGAGGGCCGGGCCCAAAUCUGACCCCACACCAUUUGCAUGCCUUCUCCCUCCUUUACUGUCCUAUCAUAAACAAACGCCCCCCAUAAAUGUUGUUCACUUACUGGACUUGCGUCUUUCAGUGAACAUUAAAAGAAUAUAACUGGUUGAGAAUCAACCCCAGUCAUUGCAACCUUACUGUUUCAGAGUGAUGGCCUGUGUUUUGGGACGAUAUCCAAGCGUGGCCUGCUCGUUCAAUGUGUCUAUAAGGUCUUUUUUUUUUUUUUUUUUAAUGAAUCUUCCCGUGAGAAGAUUAACGAUUGUUUGGAUAUUGCAUUUUGGCGAUAUCUCUGUACGGUCCUGCACAAAGCCUGCUUAACCGUGAUUGGUCAGUGCUCCUUGGGCUUUCUCUUUAAUCUUUCAAGUGAUUUGAAAAUAAUUUAUGAUUAAAAUGAAAAAAAUGUGACUUAAUCUUUUACCAGCCACUAGAAGGGAAAACAAACAGGCUAUAUUGAUUAUUUUAUUGAUAAAAUGUAAACGAAAGGCUUGUAAUGUGUAUGGUGGGUGAUUUGUGUCAUGCAGUGUUUAGGGUGUGAUUAUUGAUCAUUUCACCUGCUCAACAUGAAUAAUCACUGUUUUCACAAUUAUUAAAGUAAAGCCUGUUGCAGCACA